UUUAAGCAAACGCAGGAAAUUAGUUGUUGCACCAUGGACGGAAAUUGAAAUUUUAUGGCUGACUGAUCUGAACUCUAGACAUUCUGAGUUCUUUUACGUAUUACUUUAGUUACUCACAACUAUGAUUUCUAAACAACGCCAGGAUUCUGAUGAAAAACCUCUCGAGGAACAGUUAGAGUUACUGCAGGAAAAAAUCGCAGAAAUGAUAGUAACAAAUGAGGCGACCGAGAAUCAGUUGACAAAUUUAACAUUCGAGUCGAACGAUGUGAUUAUUUAUCUGAAAAAAUUGGUUGAAGAGAAAGACGAAGAGACUGCUCGUUUGGAAGAAAUGUUGGAAGAACAGAGAAAAGAAUCAGAUAGAAUGUUUAAAAUUCAUAGAGAUAAUUCUGAAUUAGAAGAGAAGAAAUUGAAAGAGCAAAUUGAAAAGUUAAAGAGUGAAAUGAGCAUUAUGGAUACACAACUGGGAAACCAGCAUCGUAUCGAGCUAGAAAUCAUUGAGAUGGGUGCAAAACUGAAUUCUCUACAAGGUGUCGUUGAUGAACAGGAAGAGACAAUUCGAAGAAAAGAAGCAGAAGAAAGAAGCGUCAAAAUUGCAGCUAUUGAGCAAGCUCGUGCAGAUUUGAGCGCCGAGUUCGAGCAAGCUGUUGCUGAGAUCCGUAUUGAAGCAAGUCUGGAGAGCAAAGGUCACACUCUGAUGAAUAAUCAAGUAAUUGAACAUUUGGAAUUAGAACUUACCAGAAAGAAGCAAGAUAUGUUACGAAUGGAGCAAAUGCUCGAGGAGAAACAAUCCGAAUUGACGCAAGAAAUAGGAAAAACUCAGGAACGUGAAGAAGAGAAUUUAAAAUUACGGAGUCUUUUGGAAAAGAGUGGCCAGACUACUGAAAAGGCAUUGAAAGAUAGUAAGAGACGACUGGAAGAAUCGGAGAAUAAACGAAAAACUACUCUCGAGAAAUAUAUUCAAAUUGAGAAUGAAUUGAAUAGUAAACUAGACGAAGCUCUUCAAAACUCAGACAAGUGCCAAAAAAUGACGUCACUUCUUGAAGAUCAGCUUCUGAGAGAACAACAGACAAGGAAAGCGACAAUUGAUUCUCACAAGGCUCAAAAUAAGAAAAUUGAAGAACUCAAAGUAUUCUUUAAGGAUGUUCUAUCCAGUGAAGAAGGUCUUCUAGACGAAGUUAUAAAAGAGAAUCGAAAUGCUGUGUUUGCUCAUCUUGCUUUGAUUAUAUCUAGAAUUCCAAUUGUUCGCUAAUGUACAUAUAUGAAAUUAUCAAAAAUUGUA